AUUUUUUAUUUUUCUUUUUUGGACAGUUUCUUUUUACGAAACUCAUCUCCUCUGCUCCCUCUGCUUUCCAUAAAGUUGAAAUCUCAACCGCGAACCAAGCCUUUUCUUUCAGUUAGGUGUCUCCCUCUCAGCUUUCACUCUCUUUCCUCCGUGAAACCAAACCCUAGCACUCUCAAAAAUCAGUUUCCUGUUUUAAAUCGUAAAGUGCAGAGCUCACUGCUCCUUCGCCAAUCUCAGAUCUGUUAUUUCAAAACUCGAUUCAUGGUGUUUCGAAUGCGUGUUUCGAUUUGCUUUUGUUUUUAGGAAUUGGGAGUUGAUCGGAUUGGAGUAUUGUUUUCAAUUUUUUAUUGGUGUUGUGUUUGAGGUAGGUUAUUUACUGUUUGUUAUUGUCUUUCUUAUUUGUGUGUGUACAAAUUGAAAUCAAUUAAACGGUUGCGCGCCUUUUGCCUAUUCAAAUAACCGUCUAGGAACUUCUUCUCCACGCCUGGAUUGGUUUCGUGACUCUUAUUGUUCAUUUCCGUUGCCAUUUUAGUGUCUUCUGUUGAGCAUAUCCUCGAAUUCAUAGAAAACUUUUUUUUUGAGUCUGAAUUUUGUGAUUAGGCGUUGAUUUGACACGAAUCUGGAGUGCGGGGUUCAAGUUCGUUCCAGUUUCUCCGUGGAUGCUGAGGAGUAGUGUUGUUUUUUGGGUAGUUUCCACGUUUGGAUUCUUAGGGGUUCUUUUCUUUGAUUUUGAUGGGAGAAGAAGCAGUUUGUGUGCAUGCAUUAGAUGAAGGAAGGAAGGAAAACAAUGAGGAAUCGAGGACGGAACUGAAACGUGACUACGACCAAUGCGUUAGUGAUACUGAACGCCACAUGUUUCCUCAUAAGAAACAAGUUAAAGAAGUUUCGAACGAUGAAGUGCGCUCUGAGGUUUCUAAUCCCAAUGUUUCUACCGUAGAGCAUGCGCUAACUUUUCAAGAUAUCAGUAGCCAACCAACUGAAUCAACGGACGUUAACCAUGCAGAAUGUGGAGAACUGACGUCUACUUGUUUGGAGAAUUCCAGUUCUGAUGAGACUUUGAGUGAUGAAGCUGGUGAUUUGAAUAUUACUACUACUACAAAUAAUAUUAAUAACAACAACAACAACAAUACUUCUCAGAGUGACAAGAACACGAGUAGUGCUGCAAUGACAUCCUGUGUUGUGAUGGAAAUUCCCAAGCAUGCUAGUUCCUCUGGGAUCAGGAAGAUUACUUUUAAGUUUAGUAAAAAGAAAGAGGAUUAUGGUUACCAGCCACCUGCUCCUGUGCACCGUUACACUGAUGGCAAUCACAUUGGUUUUCAUGGGGUUGAUGAAUAUUUGGCAAGGGAUUAUUGUAGUGGUGGGUUGGUAGAAAACAUGGGAUAUGCUCAUGAUGGAGAUGUGGAGUCGUACGCUCGCAAUAUGGAAUUGAAAAUGUCCAAGAAAGUAGUUCCCAACUGUUACCCUACAAAUGUCAAAAAGCUUUUAUCAACUGGCAUCCUUGACGGAGCUGUAGUGAAGUAUAUUUAUAAUCCUGGAAAGGUUGAGCUACAGGGGAUUAUUGAUGCUGGUGGAUAUUUGUGUGGCUGUUCAAUGUGCAAUUACUCUAGAAUUCUUAGUGCCUAUGAGUUUGAGCAGCAUGCCGGGGCCAAGACUAGACAUCCAAAUAAUCAUAUUUUCUUAGAAAAUGGAAGACCGAUAUAUAGUAUUAUACAGGAAAUAAAAACGGCUCCACUCAGUAUAUUAGACGAGGUUAUCAAGAAUGUGGCUGGUUCCUCUGUUAAUGAGGAGUCUUUCCAGGUUUGGAAAGAAAGUCUUCUACACAGCAACGCCAAGGUUCAGGCUUAUAAAAAUUCUAGCGCCAAACAUGUUGGCAUGUCUCAUACAAACCUAAGUCAAUCUGUAGAUAGUACUAGCCACUUGUCGUCUUUGCAUGUACCAAGUCAUUAUGAGCAGCUGAAGUAUAUGAAUCAGACAAAUGACGAAUGGAAACGUGUGAUGAAAAAGUCAAGCUCCUAUUCUUCUAAUUCUGGUGUACUGCUGAAAAGAAGUGCUGAUGGUUGCACUAAGAGAAGGGACAAUGAUUUACACAGGUUACUUUUUAUGCCAAAUGGGCUACCAGAUGGUGCUGAGUUGGCUUAUUAUGUCAAAGGACAGAAAUUACUUGGAGGUUACAAACAGGGAAGCGGUAUAGUCUGUGGUUGUUGUGAUAUUGAGAUAAGCCCUUCACAGUUUGAAGCCCAUGCUGGAAUGGCUGCUAGGCGUCAACCUUAUCGACACAUAUAUACUUCCAAUGGGUUAACGCUUCAUGAUAUAGCUCUCUCAUUGGCAAAUGGUCAAAACCUUACCACGGGAGACAGUGAUGAUAUGUGUGCAGUAUGUGGAGAUGGAGGAGAUUUGAUUCUUUGUAAUGGAUGCCCUAGGGCCUUUCAUACAGCCUGCUUGGGUUUACAGUGUGUUCCAGACAGUGGUUGGCAAUGUCUAAAUUGUGGAGAUAGUGCUGGUAAUGGAAGAGAAUCUUCUCUUGUGAGGCCAAUCAUGAUCCGGUUGACACGAGUUGAUAAAACACCAGAUUUUGAAAUGGGUGGAUGUGUUGUUUGCAGGGAACAUGAUUUCAGUGUUGCAAAAUUUGAUGAGCGAACGGUAAUAAUUUGUGACCAGUGUGAGAAGGAGUAUCAUGUUGGCUGCUUGCGGGAUAUUGGGCUAUGUGAGUUGGAAGAGCUGCCCAAGGAUAAAUGGUUUUGUUGCAGUGACUGCAAUCGAAUAUAUGUGGCUCUACAGAAUUCAGUUUCUGCUGGAGCAGACAAUAUACCAGCUUCCUUGUCAGAACUAAUAAUCAGGAAGCACGAGGAGAAGGGACUAUGUACCUAUGGUCCCACAGAUGAUAUUCAGUGGAGAAUUUUAAGCGGAAAAAGCCGUUAUCCGGAACAUUUACCGCUGCUUUCAAGAGCUGCUGCAAUUUUCCGAGAGUGUUUUGAUCCCAUUGUUGCAAUAUCUGGUCGUGAUCUGAUUCCGGUUAUGGUCUAUGGGAGAAAUAUUUCUGGCCAAGAGUUUGGGGGGAUGUAUUGCAUUGUUUUAAUAGUGAAUUCUGUCGUAGUAUCAGCUGGGCUUUUGAGGAUUUUUGGCCGUAAUGUUGCUGAGCUUCCACUCGUUGCUACUAGCAGAGUACAUCAAGGAAAAGGAUAUUUCCAAGUGUUGUUCUCUUGCAUAGAGAGGUUGCUGUCUUCUCUAAACGUAGAAAAGCUGGUGCUUCCUGCAGCAGGGGACGCAGAGUCAAUUUGGACUAAGAAAUUGGGCUUCCGAAAGAUGAGUGAAGAUCAGUUAUCCAAACAUCUCAGAGAGGUGCAGCUAACUCUUUUCAAUAAAACUUCAAUGCUGGAGAAGACAGUGCAGCAGACUAUAGAAUGAGUUUGAUCUGGUGUUGUAACUAAUUUUUGGAUGUUUGAAAGAUUCAUUAUUUCUUGCAUUGGAGCUUUGCGGAGUAUUAUCUUACAUUUGAGAAUGAAGAUGUCUCCUGUAUGUUACAUAUUCAAUAGAGAAGAGAAAGAUUUAUGGGACGUGUACAAGUCUUUCUUUCUCUCAUUGAUGAUGGAAGAGUUGUGUUUCUUGUUUAAUCUCGUAUUCCAUACUAGAUUUCUGAACAUGGCAUUCUUUUUUGCUUAAGUCUUGAUUUU